AUGCCUUCCACUACGAUAUCGACAGAACAAAUUACACAAUUACUAGAUCCCGAACAGAAAAAGGUCACCGUUCCGACAGCGUUUGGUAACAUGAUUCUAGAGAUCCAAGGUGACCUCGACAUCCCUGACAUUGACCUAACACAGGAACAGAUAUCUGCCUUGAACAUAGAUGCCCAAUUUAAUACAUACAAGGGCAAGAAUGUCAUACGGUUUGGUCUACUGAACAUCAGCGAGGACAAGAAAAAUGCGACGUUGUAUAUCGGUAAGAAACAACGUCUGUUGGGUAUCAUUGAAGAGUUGGAGACUCCAUUAGGUCUCUUGAAGUUCAAUUCGCAAGACGGACAAGUGGACCUGUGUGAUAUCAUACGUUAUAAAGUGCUGUUCAAAGAGAGACCAUUACCUAUUAUGUAA